AUGUUCGGGCAAAAAAAGGCACCGCGCGAUGAUACUGAAACAUUACCAAAAACUCGGAGGAGGAUUCGCUGUUCAGUUUGCAAGCGACCCAUCCAAGAAGAAAAAUGUCUUCGCUGUACAAAUUGCCCUCAAUACUACACUUGUGUUGAAUGCUUUUCAGAUGGCCUUGUUGCCGAGAAACAUUUGACAAGUCAUCAGAAUGUAGUAAUGGAUCCAGAGCCUUUAACAGGUUUAACUGAUGAUUGGAAUUCAAAUGAGGAACUGCUGUUGCUUUCAGGAAUCCAAAAGUUCGGUAUCGGCAAUUGGCAUGUCAUAUCAGAUUAUAUUGGAACUAAAUCUAGCAUACAAUGCGAAUCUCAUUACUUCGGAACGUUUAUUGACUGUCCUACUGCCCCACUUCCAGAUCCAUUGAUCCAAGAAGCAGUACCACUACCUCCUCCACCAUCGUAUCAGGUCAAAGAUAAGAAAUUGAAGUCGCUUCCAUCAGAUAGAUCUCCUAAAAACAGAAUCAGGCCAAAUGACUACGCUACACCCGGAGAAUAUUGUGGAUGGAUGCCAUACAGACAUGAAUUCGAGAUAGAAUACCAUCAUGAUGCUGAAGAACUCGUAUCAAACGUUGAUUUCAUGAAUAACUGCGAUACAAUGGAACAAUUCAAAUCCAACUUAGCGAAUCUUACAGCGUACAAUGCUCAACUAGCAGAAAGAGUCCGUAGAACUAAGCUAAUCGAAGAAUGGGACCUUCAUCACCUCGAAAAGAACGCAAAACAAGAACAAGAUAUCGAUUCUCGAUUCCUUGGUGGCGAAACACCAUCAGAAAAAACAAUUGACUCCUUAUUACUCCCGUUUUCCCAAUAUUAUCCGAAAGAUCGACUUACUGCAGUGGCCAGGGCCCUUCAUAACAUCGAUGCCAUCAAGUCAACACUCGAUAAACGCCUUGAAUGGAUCAGAAUUGGCAUUACUUCACCAGAAGAUGGAGAAUUAUACGAACAACUGUCAAAUUUAGUCAAAAACAACACAAUUCCACCGGAAAAUGUCGAUAAAUGGAACCAAAUCAUCAAAAAUUACAACAUUAAAUGCAUUACAAGCAGACCUCCGAAUGAAGACUACAUUGACGACCAAGAGAAGGAUCUUUGUACUGCAAAUAACAUAGAUAGAUCAUUGUUCAUAGCUAUAAAGGAAUUGUUCGUGAGAGAAAUCAUAUCUGGUGGACAUUUAACAAUUGAAAGGGCAAUGGACAUUUCACAGCAACCGGAAACUGUUGUGAAGCCAAUAUUGGAAUAUAUGGAACAUAACGGAUGGAACUAA